UGGACGGCCGUGAGUGCAAGUCAAACCUCGUGACGGACCGUUUUCUCGCUUCUCGACCUGAUGUUAACGCGAAGGAAAAAUGUUUCUUGGGAGCUGUAGGCCUAUUCUCGUGUGGUGGCCUUGCCUGGUGUAUCUCGUUGCGGCAGAAGAAGAAUGCGGUCCCUGGCUCACCUCCACGCCCACCAGCGCCCAGGAGAUCGACCUCGAACCCAGAGAGAACGCCUACCUCUGGUUCCGACCCGAAGAGGAGUCCGCCCACGUCACCUUCUUCAUCGAACCCGAGACCAUAGAACCGUGGUCCUUCGUGGUCACCAACACGAGCCUCCUGAAGACCAUAUUCCUGUCUCAGCCCACGCAGCACCGACAAGGGAGGAUCGUUGGACCUUUUAUAACGACCACCACCUUCGGAUUCGAUUCCAUAAGCAAGCUCAGCGUGUCAAGUAACAUCACCGUGUUUUUUAAUGUCUGUACCAGCCCUUACGUCUGUGCCGCUCCCCCCGUGUCCUCCUCUUCGGAAAUCCAGAGGGCAGUGCUUAUCGUCUUCCUUGUCGUUGCCUUGGUCGUGGCUUCGGUCGAGGCAGUAUAUAUCUGGUACAGGAAGCAUAAGGAAGGUGCGCCUUCUCCCUCCACUAAAGACGGUUGUGAAAGCAUAGAAUCAGACGCAUUAUAUGAAGAAUGGAACGAUAAUUGGCGUCGACAAAGAUAAAGAUAGGAAUGAAGGAAAAGGGGUAGAAGGAAGAAGGGGAGGAGGAGAAGGAGAAGGGGAAGACGAAGGAGGAAAUGGAGAAUGAGAAUGAGAAGAAGGAGAAAAGGGAGAAUGAGAUGGAAGAAUGAGAAUGAAAAUGAGAAGAAGGAGAAAAGGGAGAAUGAGAUGGAAGAAG